AUAAGAAAGUAGGUCGUUUUGUAUUGCUUCAGUUUGAGUAAGGCGUGCGUCCUGUAACCGCCUGAAAAAGUAGUUGCGUAAUUUGAAAGACCAAAAUAUUCUGAAAAUGAACAACUUCAACGCAUUGUGUUUUCGUUUUCUGAUUGUUUUCGUUUUGGUUUCAAGUGUAUCAGCCAUCAAAUGUUACUCUUGCAUAGGAUGCAACGACCCUUUCGAUGAGAGUAAUGCUAAAACAGCUACCUGCGCAGGAUCCUGUCUGAAAACAAAAACGGGCGGAAAUGUAAUUAGAGCUUGCUCACCAAGUAGCUUUGGAGACAAAUGUGACAGCAAAGACGGAAUUGAAGCGUGUUCGUGUACGAACGAUCUGUGUAACAGUGCGUCAGGAAUGAGCUUUCCCGUCGUCGGCCUCUGUCUUUCCCUUUUCACAAUGUUUCUGUGGGUGAAAUAAUGGAAACGAAAACGGACGUGUGCAUUAUUUUAGACAUUAUAGGUCAUUUCAAAUUUCCUGUUAGAAGUAUUGUACAAAUGUUUAGGUCGUUUAUUUCAUUAUCUUUGUAAGUAAUUCAGUCUAUAUUCAAUUCUUAGUAUGAUUGUACUUUUGCUUGUAUCAAUAUAUAAUUUAUAUCCAUUCUUCUGUAUUAAAAAUACCAAUGUAAUA